AUGACCAAAUGGCGAGUUACAGAGGACUGGUUAAUUGAUUCACAUUUCUACAACGAGUGGAUGAGUGAGGAGGACUACAUCACGGAUGAUUCCACAACAUUUUACCCUUUGGACGAAUUGGAUGAAUAUUUGGGUUAUCGUAAUUUCAUGGUGGACAGUUAUCGGAUUAAUCCAACUCAGUAUUUGACGUUUACUGCAUGUCGGCGAAAUUUGGCUGGGGAUGCUUGUUCUAUUUUGAGAUUACAUUCUUUCCUCGAACAGUGGGGACUAAUCAACUACCAGGUGGAGUGUAAACCACAUGUACUUGGUCCGCCUGCCACAAAUUUCUUUACUGUAAUCGGGGAUGCACCGUCAGCUCUUCAGCCUAUUGGUCGUCCUCGAGAGAUUAAAAGAGAAGCCAGUCCAGUAGAGAAUGCUCCUGUCCCACGUGACCUUUCAAGCUCUUCCGGAGGACGAACUUGGACUGAUCAAGAGACACUUCUUUUGUUGGAGGGAAUAGAAAAGUACAGAGACGAUUGGCAUCGUGUGAGUGCCCACGUUGGUUCCCGAACUCACGACGAUUGUAUUUUACAUUUUUUGCGUCUUCCGGUCGAAGAUCCUUUUCUUAAUGGGAAGAUGGAUAAUCUCAGUUGA